AUGAACGCACAAUGCGGAGCAGCUUCAACAUCUGGAGAGUGGAAGAGAGGCUGGCCAAUGCGAUCCGGCGAAUUAGCCUCUCUCUGCGAUAAGUGCGGGUCUGCAUACGAGCAAUCCAUUUUCUGCCAAGUGUUCCACGCUGAGGAAUCUGGUUGGAGGGAGUGUAAUUCAUGUGACAAGCGUCUUCACUGUGGAUGCAUUGCGUCCAGAUUUAUGAUGGAGCUUCUUGAUAAUGGCGGCGUUACUUGUAUAAGCUGCGCCAAGAAAUCCGGACUAUUUUCUAUGAAUCUCGGCCACGAAUCCAACGGUAGGGAAUUCCCCACAUUUGCUUCAGCAGAGCACGUAGGCAGUUUUCUUGAGAGGACAAAUCUCAAGCACUUGCUUCACUUUCAAAGAAACGGACCUUCUCAUCAAUCUUUCCUCCAAAUGAAACAAGAAGAGUCUCUGCUUCCUGCAAGACUCGAUGCUCUUAGACAAAAACCUGAAAAGAAAGAAUACCAGGAGCUAUCCGCACAGCCAAACUUGAGCAUUUCGCUUGGACCUACGCUUAUGACAAGUCCGUUUCACGAUGCUGUCGUUGAUGACAGAAGCAAGACAACUCCGGUUUUCCAGCUGGCCCCUCGGUCCAGACAACUCCUUCCAAAACCUGCAAGUUCAGCUCCCACUGCUGCUCCCAUGGAGCCUAAUGGGAGCAUGGUCUCGCAGAUUCUUGUCGCUCGUCCUCCUCCAGAAGGUCGCGGGAAGACGCAGUUGCUUCCCCGUUACUGGCCUAGGAUUACUGACCAGGAGCUGCAACAACUAUCUGGACAGUAUCCUCAUCUCUCCAAUUCCAAAAUCAUACCACUCUUUGAGAAAGUUCUGAGUGCAAGCGAUGCGGGUCGUAUAGGGAGACUGGUUCUUCCAAAAGCAUGUGCAGAGGCAUAUUUUCCACCUAUCUCUCAACCGGAGGGCCUCCCGCUAAAGAUACAAGACAUAAAAGGGAAAGAAUGGGUGUUCCAGUUCAGGUUUUGGCCUAAUAAUAACAGUAGGAUGUACGUUUUGGAGGGUGUGACUCCUUGCAUACAGUCCAUGCAGUUGCAAGCUGGUGACACUGUAACGUUCAGCCGCACGGAACCUGAAGGAAAACUCGUAAUGGGAUACCGUAAAGCGACAAACUCUACAGCAGCACAGAUGUUCAAGGGAAGCAGUGAACCCAAUCUGAACAUGUUUUCCAACAACUUGAGUCCGGGAUGUGGUGACAUCAACUGGUCUAAACUUGAGAAGUCCGAGGACAUGGCAAAGGAUAACUUAUUGCUUCAGCCGUCACUGAUUUCAGCCAGGAAACGUGUUCGGAACAUUGGCUCUAAGAGCAAGCGACUGCUCAUGGACAGCGUAGAUGUUCUUGAACUGAGACUAACUUGGGAGGAGACACAGGAGCUUCUCCGGCCGCCUCAAUCCGUCAAACCGAGCAUCUGUACGGUAGAAGAUCACGAGUUUGAAGAAUAUGAUGAACCACCAGUUUUUGGGAAGAGGACUGUUUUUGUGUCACGUCAAACAGGGGAACAAGAGCAAUGGGUUCAGUGUGAUGCUUGUGGGAAAUGGCGACGGCUGCCUGUGGAUACUCUUCUUCCACCAAAGUGGUUGUGCUCCGAUAAUCUCUUGGAUCCUGCCAGGUCUUCAUGUUCUGCUCCUGAUGAACUCUCCCCAAGAGAACAGGAUACGCUUGUCCGGCUGAGCAAAGAGUUCAAGAGGAGGAGACUGGCGUCAUCAAACGAAAAGUUAAGCCAGGAGCAGGAGGGAUCAGCUCUGGAUACUCUAGCAAAUGCAGCCACAGGUGGACAAGGGGAGACGGUGGUUGCAGCCACGACCAAGCACCCAAGACACAGGGCAGGGUGUUCGUGCAUCGUCUGCAGCCAGCCGCCGAGUGGGAAAGGCAAACACAAGCCAACAUGCACUUGCACUGUGUGCGAGGCGGUGAAGAGACGGUUCAAGACGCUGAUGAUGCGGAAGCGGAACAGGAGUGAAGCAGGGCAGGCAAGCCAGCAGGCGCAGUCAGAGAGCAGAGACGAGACAGAAGUGGAGAGCAUUCCAGUGGUUGAACCAGCCGCGGCAGGAGGGGGAAGCAUCGACUUAAACACAGACCCGGGGGCUUCUCGAGUCAGCAUGAUGAGACUUCUCCAAGCUGCAACUUUUCCUCUGGAGGCUUACCUGAAACAAAAGGCUGUUCCCAAUACAGCAGCAGCAGAACAGCAAAGCAGUGAUAUGGUAAGCACAGAGCAGGGUGGUUCGUCCUCAGCUGCACAAGAACAUGACAGAGACACGAACGGAGCUCCUGAGCCUCUAAAUUAA